AUGUAUGAAAUUCCUCUUCCAGGCAAAAAGGCAAGUGAGAUCAAAGAGCUUCUACUGAUUAUUUAUCCAACUGUAUCAGAAACGGGAUGGAAAUCUGUAACGAAUGAAAAUUGCUACUUCUUGGUCGAACUCGCUGAUGAGUAUCAGAUGGACGCCAUUAAGCAGAGGUGCGAAGAUUUCUUGGUCGAAGAGGUAUCUCGUUCGAGCGGAAAUGAGUUCCUGGUUCAUUUGACACUUGCACAGACCCACAAACUAGACGAGCUCGUUGAAACCAUAAUCGACAAAGCUAGUUGGCUGUCGCUGGAUGAUUUCAAAAGUCAUGAGAUGUAUGAUAAAAUGGAGCCACACAUUUACAAACAGAUUGUUGAGGGAAUGCUAAGAAGACAUGAGGAGAGACCCACGAUUUUCAAGACGGUCGUAAGACGUACUUAUAAACGGUGA